UCACAGCGUCAGAGCAUACAGCGAGCGCCAGCGGUCGCGGAAAAAACUCCGCAGGCUUGUUUUAACCCACGAGCAAGGCUGAAACGCGCGCGCUUUGGCGGCAUAGCGUUAUCUUUCGGUGUCUGGCGGUGGUGCCGCCUGCUGCGUCAACCGAUCGCGCUUUGUCGUCUGCAAGAAAUAUCCGGCCGCCGAGUGUCAUACAAGGUUUUCGGUGGUGCGUGUCGCCUGCUGCUUCAACACGCGUCCGCGCAGUGGUGUCGCCUUCUGGGUCGUCCGAACGCACCUUGUCGUCUUCAAGCAAUAAUCUGCUCUCGAGUGCCGCACCGGAACGACUUAAGUGUUGUCUUCAGCUGGAUCAGCCUAGUACCCGCCUGUGUCGCCUCCUGCGUCAUCUGAACAGACCUUGUCUGCAUGCAAUAAUCUGUCACAGAGUGUCAGAGAAGAACGUAUGCGGUAGUGUCGUCUGCUGCAUCAGCACGGGUGUCCGUGCGGCGGUGCCGUCUGUUGUGUCAACCGAUUGCACCUCGUCGUCUGCAAGCAACGAGCCGCUGAGAAUGUGAACGAAGAACGGUUGUUGUAGCAACCGCCGAUCACUGUUCCCCUUAUGUAAGGACUUCAUCGCAGCUGCAUACUGCGUUUGCCACGCGCAUCAAAUUUACGACGAGCUUUCCUCGUGUCGUCGGCGUCGGCAGAAGAAAAGACGAGAACGGCAGGCCUAGCAGACAACAGCCUGCAAACACAACGAGUUUCCCGCAGCAUUUGAUGUAUUGAGCGCUUCUGCGGCGAGCCCGGGGCUUCGCUCAAUCGUGAACGUGACGCCUUUUCUAACCCGUAGCUCUUGAACCGGCAUUUUUUGUUUUAUUUAAGGUCGCAUCGGGUGGUUAAAGAAGAACAAGAAAUGACCUCGAUAGUCGAUGUCCUAACUGGUGGGUUAGAACACAAGGCGAACUAACCUUUUCGUUGAGACAAACAAGGAACUACUCGUCAAGCCAAAUGCAGCUAUGAUGGCAACCUUGUUGGAUGUACUGCAGCAAAGCUGGAAGACUGUGAUAACGAAGGAGUAAAAUAGCCGCGCGUUUCUGGUUGCUUAACAGCACACGGAAGCAUAGCGUCCGGUUCGUUUUAUCUAUUUCUUUUUGUCUAUUUGUUUACCGUGCCAUCGUCUAAGGACCCGUUGAACUGUUCCAAGGGAAACAUCAGUGGUUAUGUUCGUGUGCGGCGGACGGUGCAACAUUUUGUAAAAAGGACCCUGAAUGACACCGGCGGAGCGGACGCCUGACGACAGCUGCGAUCGGCACCGCCAUGACAGCUGGGGACAGCAAGGCAGGCGAUGACGUCAGCGUCGAAGUGGCCGCGGCCAAGCUGGCUGCCGAAGGCACCAAUGCCGAACCGAUCAAGGAUCCCAAUGGCGGAUCGGGCAAGGGCUCCGACGGGCUGCCGUACUUGCGGCGUCACAGCAGCGUCCACAUGCUCGCCCAGGCAGCCUGGCGCGAGGCAGCCGGCAUCACGGCUGCCCUGGGCACGGGACUCGCCAUCAGCGUCGGAGGGCUGCUCAUCGGACUCGUCGAGGUGAUACCUCCGCUGGCGGUGUCCGGACUGCGGUGCGUCUGCUCGGUGCUCUACCUGCUUCCCGUGAUCGCCCUGUUCCGGCCGCAGCUGCUGGCCGACAAGGGAAACCGCAUAGGCCUCGCCGCCGUCUCCGUGGUGCUCGCGCUUAGAGCGCUCACCUUCACGCUGGGCAGCUCCACGCUGCCCCUGGCCGAGUUCUCGCUCCUCAUCAACACCAUGCCCGUCUUCGCGGCAAUCUUCGGCUGCGCCAUACUGGAGGAGCGCUGCGGGCCCCGCGAGAUGACGGCUGGCCUGCUGGUGUUGGGCGGCAUCCUGGUGGCCUUCCUGCCCACCUUGCUGCUGACGCCCGACGUGGGCACCUCCAUAUCGGGCAUCGUCAUCACGCUCGCCUGCGCGAUCUUCCAGGCCAUGGCCUUCGUCAUACUGCGACGCUUAUCCUGCCAGGUGUCGCCCAUCACGGUUUCCUUGUGGACUUCCGUGGCCACCGUGGUGCUGUGCAUUCCUCCGGCAGGGGCGCUGGGGCAGCUCCGGCACCUGGACACCGAGCCCCUGGACGUGGCCUACACGGCGGGCGCGGGCCUGACGGCGCUGCUGACGGCGCUGCUCCCGACCAUCGCGUGCACGUUGGCCGAGGCCGGCCGCGUGGCCAUCGCCACCACGUCCAGCGUCGUCUUCUCGUUCGCUCUGCAGGCCGCCGUGCAGCUCAAGGCGCCCACGCCGUGGGCCCUCGUCGGCGCCGGUUUCAUCGUGGCCGCUGUCGUGUGCUCGAACCUGAAGUGGGAACCUUCGGUCGACAUCCUCGAGAAGCUAAAGCUCAAGGGCUCCGGUGAAAAGGACAAAGAACCGCUUUUCGCGGUCAAAGACUACGGAACAGUACCGGUGCCGUCGUCCAACAAGUCGCCUUGAUGCAUACGAGCCUCUUCAAGUGCAUAUACUGACGGACAGGACACCAGGAUAUGCAGUGCAACGUUUGCGUUGUUUGCUGUACGUUAUUCUAAGCAAAUGUAGCGUCGGCAUGAAUCGAAACGCGAACAGGUAGAAACAAAUGAAAAACAACCUAACAGAUGAAAGUGCAGCACAACAGCACUGAACUUCCCACAUCCAAGCCUGAAUCAUGAGUAAACGUGGAGAAACGUUAUUUGCAUUUCAAUUUAUGUUGACCGUGAAAUUAAUAUAUUCGGUAUAGGUGGUGUCUAAAACAUAGUGGUCAUGUUUUUUCCCCCACGCCAGCAAUCGCUUUCUGUACAAGGAGUAUGCAAAAGCAGGGCCUUUGAGAUUGGUUUCAGUUUCUAAGGGGUACGAGAUGUCGUCUGCUACCAAGUCGACUAGGAUCGUGGAACCUCAGCUGCUCAGCUGUGCAAGUGACUUGGAAGGGCAAGGGAAACAGAAAAGAAAAGAUGCUGGUGAACUGGUGUGACCCUGGCGAAAUCAUGCCAAUCACAAUAGUCUGUCGCGCAUGCACAGCCCAACAUGUACAGAAUUUAUAUUUGCUCAUUUUUGUCAACUGCCGUACUAAUGUGUGGCUGAAGGUCACCUGUGGACCUGUUUGUUGCCUCCCUACACAGGUUUCUUUUCGCAGCUCAAGAAGGUGGUACCAAAAUGACUGCUAGCCACUGCUCAUAGCUAGCAUAUAGCCAGGGACACCAUUCAGACAUUCAGGCAAGUUCCUAAAUUAUGAACAUAUAUACAUAAAUGUACAGUUUACCAACUUUCCUGGAGUUUCAUAAGCUCUAGACCUAAAGCUUGACAUACAUAUAAAUAACUUCACCAGCUGUGCUGUGGCAAAACAUGUUGCUUUUUCUACCAAUCUAUAGUCAACAACAUACAGAAUUUUCUGACAUCAUAUGUUCUGUACAUUGCACAUCUAGCUUCAAAUUUGAAAGGAGGAAAAGGAACAAGAGGUUGGAUGAAAUUGUAUUACUUGUUCCUAUUGUAGAUGACCUUACAAUCGAAUAGAAGAAAACACAGAAAAAAAUGGCCUUUGCCCUGUACGCGUCUACCCCUUUUCUGCAUGCUUUUGGCGCGUCAUGAACAAGCACCUACAUACUCGCACAAAUUUAUGUGCUGCACCGAUGCGGUGUCAGUUCUAGCACAGGCAUACUAGUCUAAAAGAAAGUAUAAAGGGUGACCGGCUGUUCUGGACAACAGAUGACUGACCUUUGCUUACUUGUGUUGGGAUGUACAGCUGGACUUGUACAGAAAUAGCUGUCCAGUCACAAUCAUUUUUUUGGCCACGUGACCAACAUCUUCAAAAGAACAAAACAUUGGGUGACUAGCUUAGCCAACUGUCUGUUUCAUGCUGUUAAUCAUUCAACAUGGGCAAGCUAGGCAAGUAGGGCAGUGAGGAUCGUCAGCCCUUUGUAUAUCAGCCCUGGCUCGGGACUUUCGCGAACAGGACUACUGGAAAACUACUGUGUAACUCAAGCGAUGAUUUCACGAAGCAAUAAAUCGGCAUGCCUAUUUUGCCUGCUUUAAAUUCCCUAUCAGGUACAGUCUACAGAAUGCCAAUACAGUUGACUCCUGCUAAUUCGAUCUCAGUUAAUUAGACUUUUCAUUUAAUUAGAAUGCACUGACAAGUCCCAGCCAUGCAUUGAUGGAUAUGGAAGCAAAACUGGUUUAGUUUGAACGCGAAAGCAUGCCGCUUUGGUUAGCUGAACCCCAACCGCACCCCCUCAUGCGCCCAGGAGUUGCUAACAGCUUGAAAAAACAAUAAGUUCGCUACACUUUGCCUACUGCUUUGCUAAACAACUGACUUGCCGUAUGCCCUGGGCGAUGCCUUUUUUGGGGAUCUUGUCAGCCCUGUGACAGAGCUGGGGCCGAUGGGCCACUGGCCAACAAUGACAUGCAUAGUUAUUAGUAUUCUUAUUUGAAUUAGACGACAGACUACUUCAAGAAAUAAAAGAGAGAAAAAAUAUUGAAUUCCUUCACUUUACCACCGUUACUUUAUUUGACUUUUCGGAUAAUUCUACCACAUUUAAGAAAAGAGUCAAAUUAAUGGGAGUCGUCUGCAUCUGGUUUUCAUGCAAAGUUGCACAUUUAUAAUUUUGGCAUUACGUGUUUCUAAAAUAUUGUUUUUCAUCAGGUUUUGUAAAUAACUUGGAAGCCCAAACCGAGAUUCUGCUACUAUCAUGCACAUGCUUAUGUUUCCUGACCUGCUCAUUAUAUCAAGGCACCUAUGACAGCUGUCCACCAGCAUGCCUUGCCUUUGAUUUUAAUCUGGACAAAAUGUUUGUGAUGUAUGUCAGCUCAGUCUAGUAUAAAGGUAUAUAUACAUUAUUUUGUAUGUAAAGCAUCCACUGUAAAAUGUUAAUUGAAAAUUAAAUUAAAUCAUGGGGUUUUA